AUGGUUAAACAGAAGAAUCAAAAGAAAGGAGAUGUUGAAAAAACAUCAACUUCGAAUAAUACAAUGACUACAACAACGGUGACAACUACAGCAAAUACGGGUUCAACCAAUACAGGUAUUUAUUUUUUUUUUCAAGAUUAUUGCAGGGGAAUAAUAAAAUUUUUCAGGUGGAGGAAGCAACACAGCAAACUCAGCAUAUUCAACUACAACCACCACAAAUCGCAAUAAUACGACAGUCGUGAAUAUUCAAACACGACCACAAACACAGCAGCAAUUACAACAAAAACGGGAUCGCGAAAAAUCGGUUAGUUUUCAAAAUUAAGAUCAGUUCUUAAAAAUGUUUAUUUCAGUCUUCAAGUAAUCAGGGAAGUAAUUAUCGAAAACAAAAUGAUAAUCGAGGUUCUCGUGAUUAUAACAAAGAACGAAAUAAUUCGAAUUAUCUAUCAACUAAUGGCAAAAAUAAAAAUCAUCGGGACAAUUCUUCACACAGUCGAAAAGGUGGUAAUUCAAAUUAUUACUCAUCAAAUUCAAGUUUGGCUAAUUCUGUGACUGGAGUUGUGAAUCAACAACAACAGGAAAAAAAUGUGGAGACGAAAAAAAGUGAAGAACCUUUAAAAUCAGAUAAUGGGAAAAAGAAUGCUUGGGAUCUUAACAAACCGCAUGAGCCAGAAAAGGAGAACACAGAAGCUGUUGAAAAAGAGCCAGUUUCUACCGAAUCAGGAAUGCCGCAUUCUUUCUUUUCGCCAACAACAAAAUUUAGGGAUACUGUAUUAUCUUAUAUUGAAGUAAGUUGUAAUUUUUUCUAUAUUUUCUCAAUAUAAUGCUUAUUUUAAUUUCAGUUUGGUAAAUGGGAUCGUGUUGAGUUGAUUUGCGAAUUGAUUAAUAUUCUUGAUCCAUUUGAUCUUCGACUAGUUUAUACUUUAAUUGAAUCAAGUCAAAAAACAUAUUCUGCAACUUUGAGGCCGAUGGAAAAACGAGCAAAUUCGAUGGACCCAAUGUUUUGUUUCCCAGCACCUGAUGAAAUGUAUCAUGAAUAUUAUCAGGAUGGUCAUUAUGUUGUUAAAUCUAGACCUCCUUCGCCUUCUGAAUCAGCAGCUUCUGUUUCAUCAAAAGAUUCAAAUGAAAAGAAAACAGACGCAAAUAAAGUGCCUGAAAAACCAAAAGAAAACAAGAAGUUAACACCAGCCGAAAUUAAAAACCCACCAGUUGAAUUUGUGAAACCAAGUUAUUUAGCUGAAUCUCUUUAUAUACUUGUUUCAUUAUUGGAACCAACAAAUCGGAAAUCUGCAUUCAAAAUAUCAUUAUAUAUUGAAACAUAUUGUAUUACUUGGAGAGAACAUCAUUUGUCAAAAGUUUGUGAUAUCAAUGAUAAACUUGAAGUUUUAGAAACAAUGGGUAAAGUUGGUAAGUAAUUCACUAAUUACUCAAUAAUUAGUAUUCUUAUAUUUGUAUUAUUUAGUCUCUGCAUGUCUUUAUCAUCCGGCAUUUUCGGUAACCGACAAAUUGAAAUAUGCUCAAGCUCGUGAUCAAAUUCGCGCCGAAUACGACGAAUUGGCUGCAAGAGCUGAACGUGAAGCAAAUUGUCCAGGAUAUGCUGAUAAAAACUGCAAAUUUACGUCUGAACGAGGUGUUGGUGAGAAAGAAGAGGAAGAAGAUGAAGGAGCUGAUUUGGGAACAUCACAUGUUCAUAAAUUGGGAUCUACUUCAAAUUUGACAUCAACAACUAAAUCAUCACCAGGAACUUUUGUUUAUAUUCAACAAUUUGUUGGCAAAUAUUUGGCAUCAAAUGAUCAGUUUCAUAUUGAGGUUUGUGAAAUUUUGAAUAAAAAAUUAUUAUCAGAAAAAUCAGUUGAAUUAUGAACUGAAAGGCUGACAUUAUUUGAAAUUGAUGAGUUUCCAGAUUUUUAGAAUUACUCCUGAAAUUUUCAGAUUCAUUGGAGUGACGGCGAUAAAACGUAUACUUCUCGAACACGCGAACAAUUGAAAAUUUUGCAACAUCGACUAUUGGAUGAAUUUGGAAAUCAACAAAGAUUGGAUAAUCAGCAAAUGACUGCAUCAAUGAGUUCAGAAGAAGAGAAAACAAUUUCAAAUUCCGAUUGUAAGUAUUUUCUUGAUUUGUUUUCAAAAAAUCGAAAUAAUUUUUUCAAGUGAUUACAUCAAAUGGUCGACGGAUACUUCCCCGAUUGAAUCCAGAAGGAUCAGUUGCUGAAAUCGUUCAAUACAUCAAUGAGUUGUCAGAUAUGCCAGCAAGAAUGAUGUUAUCUCGAGCAAUUUGUGAAGAAUUCAAUUCAACUCGAAAUAAAACGAAUGAGGUUUGUUAAAUAUAUGGGUGAUAUUGUUCACAACAACGAUGAAUAUUAGUUACAGAACGACAGUGAAUCGGACAGUGUUUCACUUUCUCGUUGGCGUCCUCCUUCAUCAAUUCCAUCAUUUCCACGAUUAACAACUCCGCUGAAUGCUUCUUCGAAUUAUUCGGUCACAUUUCCUCCGAUGAAAUAUGGAUCAGUUCCAGAAAAUCAAUUCCAAGUUUUUCAUACAACUUGUAGCACAUGCAGUGGACCACAUUCAUAUCUUUUCUGCGAAGAUAUGCCGAUUCUUGAUAGAAAAAGUUGGUUGAAAAUUUGAAGGCAAUCUGAUUGUUGUUUUUUUUUGCAGAAUAUCUUGAAGACAAAACUACACAAGGUAGUAGAAAUGGUACAACUGCAAAUACAACACAUUACCAUCCUCAACCUCUUCAAAAUCAAUUGCCAUAUGGAAAUUAUCAAAAUCCAAUGAAUGACGGUGCUCAUUUUGCACAUCAUCAAAGUAUAUUUAUGCGUAGGUUUUUCAUUAUUUUACGAAACGUAAUUUCAAAAAAACGAGAUUUGUUAGGACCUGAAAUUAUAGGGUGGUUUUUUAAAUCUAAUUUAAAAAACGUACAAUUUGGCGUUGUGUCUCAAGCCUACGGCAAUUAAUUUUUUUUACAAAAUCAAACAAAGGCUGUGAUGAAAGAAUUUUUUGAGAAAAAUGAGCAGUGAAAUUUGAGUUAGAAAGAUAAUUUUUAACAGUUUCGAUCUACUAUGAAAGUGCUAGAAAAAAAUUUUUAACGAUUUUCAUAGAAAUGGAAAAUGAUUAACACCGCUAAAAAAAAGACGUGACCCCAUUUUAAAAUUAAAAUUGCAUAAAAACAAUGUAUUAAUUUAUUAUCAGAACAUCAAAGAUACGGUGGCGGUCCGAUGGUUGUACAACAAUUGUAUGAUCCAAAUUAUGCUUAUUAUCAACAGCAGCAACAGCAACAACAAUCUCAAAAUGUAUCAUUUACAAAUACAAAUGGUAAUAGUAGUAAUUAUAAUUAAUUAUGUGAUGUGUCAUUUCUAGUUUGA